AUGUCCACCAGCGAGACCCCCGGGGGUGCGCCGUCCGUGCACACCCCGUUCUCCCCCAACUUCGACCCGAACUCGCCCGGCCCGCACGCGCAGACCCCGCUCGCGUUCCGCCCGGGCGUGCAGACCCUCGUCGAGGGCGCGUACCCCGCACCCGACCAGGGCGCAUACGCCGGCGCCGGCCAGACGGAGCCCGCGUGGUCGCAGCGCCUCUCCGUCUCGUUCAGCCAGAUCGCGGAGCAGAUCGCGGAGGCGUCGCGCGCGCUCGCGGUCGCCGGCGCGCCCGCGUCCUCGACCCCCGGCGCCGCAGGGGAGGUCGUUGGGGCGCUCGCCGCGCGGCUGGAGGCGAUCGAGCGCAACCAGGAGCUGAUGGGUGCGCAGCUGCAGGCGGUGCAGGACCGGCUCGCGCAGCUGUCCGUGAACGGGUCGGCGAGGCCGCGCGGGGAGAAGGGGCAUGGCGACGUGGAGGAGGUCUCGGAGCAUGAUGGCGAGUUCAAGACCGCCUCGGAGAUAGCGAUCGAGGAACUGCAGAAGCAGGUGCAGGGCGUCGUGGAGACGAUCCGUCUCGACCAAGCACGCUUGUACGCGCGGCUGCACAACGCGGCGGUGACUGCGAAUAAGCACUUGAUCAAGGCACCCGUCCUGGCUAACGGCAAGCCGCCGCCGAACUUCCCGAACACGAAGGGCGAGUUUGAGCACAUCACCAAGGAGCGCUAUGAGGCGCUGCUGAAGGGGUACAACCUGCCCGUCACCGGCGACACGAACGCGAAGCGAGAGGCGCUGCGCGAGUUUAUCGGGCUCACCCCUCCCAUAUGA